AUGAGUCUUCCUCCUCGACCGUACGAUAACAGACCCCCAACGGGAGUUAGAGCGAAACCUGUGAUCAAUCUCAAUAUAGAAUACACUUCCUGCAAUGAUUCAGUGGCACCUGCAUGUAGCACACGUCCGAUGCUUAUCGAGAACAUGAUUAACCAGAGAAAUGUCAAUAUAAAUGUUCUGGAGGGAUACGAUCCUAAGUCGAAAAGUGUUAUUAACCAACAUUCGAUCUACCAUCUCUAUGAGUUUGAAUCUAAAACAAGAUUUCUCGAUCGUAUUCCACGUCCACGAGUGAGCCGAUUCACCGAACUCAAAACGAGAUUUCUCUGUUGUCGCUAUGUCCUUUGUGCAAUUGAUGAUGUGAUGCAAAAGCAAAAACCAAUGGAAUUGAUGGCAAUUCGUUUGAAUGGAGACAUUUACAUUGGCGCUAAUAAAUCUAUGGAUUUGCAAACUGACAAGAAGACCCAAGAGGCGGCAUUCGGUGGUUUGAAUUUCGCCAUGAAGGUUACGAGAGAAUCCGAUCAAAAAAUACUCAAAAAGCAUCACAGUGUCGUCAAGCAAUUGCGAAUUGAGAACACGAGAAAUUCAAUGUCAAUGUCAAUUUUCGUUUCAAGUGUCGCCCGUGCUUUUGAUCAACGAGGAAACGUUGUUGAAUUGAAGACAGUUGGCUCGAAAGUUAUGGGAAAAGUUCAGAACCUUUCAAGAUUGAAAGCUAGAGACUGGUGGCUUCGAGCUUUGUUGAGUGGAGCUGACCGCAUUGUUUACGGUCUGAGAAUGGAUAAUAUGAAAGUUAAUGAGAUCCACGAAGCUCAACUCACCGACUUCACCAAAGGACACUUCCGUUUUGACGGUGCCAAGCUUUUCUCUGAAAUUUUCAAAAUUUUCAGUACAAUAGACAAAAUAAUCGGUGCUGAAGGCGAUAUGUGCAUGGUAAAAUCAGAUGGCUCCACUCCGAUCAGUGUGACAUUGACAACAAGAGAAAGCCUGAAAAGAAGUCCAUUCUGGUGACCUGGCAAUGAACAACGCUACAGCAUUUAUUACACACGUGCAUCAUCAUAUCGGGAUUCCCAAAAUUUCAUUCGAUCUAACUAAUUCUAAAAACUUUAUUUAUUAAUGUUCGGGUGAUAUCACAUGUGAUCCCUUCCUGUGUUUAUACUAAAUUUACUUGUUACGAGUAUUUCUAAUGAAUGAUC